AUGGACUACUUCACUAAAUGGCCGGAAGCGUAUCCGCUGCCUAACCAUGAGGCUGCCACCGUGGCAGGUGUGUUAGUGGACGAGUUCUUCGCCCGGUUUGGCGUGCCGCACGAGCUGCACUCUGACCAGGGCAGGGAGUUUGAGUCGGCAGUAUUCCGGGAGUGCUGCCAGUUGCUGGGCGUCAAGAAAACUCGUACUACACCCCUGCGGCCGCAGUCGGAUGGCAUGGUGGAACGCUACAACCGCACGCUGGGGCAGGAGUUGGCCAAAUACUGCCAGGAAGGGCAGGAGGACUGGGACUUAAAAAUUCCCCUGCUUCUCUUGGCCUACCGGUCAGCCGAGCAUGAGGUGACCGGUUACACGCCAGCCCGGCUGAUGUGUGGGCGGGAGCUCCGGCUACCAGUGGACCUCGUGACUGGCAGGCCGCCGGACGAAGACCUGCCCACUACCGUCACCCAGUACGCUACAGCCCUACAGGACCGUCUCCGGGAGGUGCACCAUCAGGUGAGGGGUAACCUGAAGGUGUCCGGUGAGGCGAUGAAGGACCGGUACGACCGCCGGGCAACGGCACCACCCUUUAGCGAGGGAGACCAGGUCAUCUCGGACGUCACCUUCAGGAUACGCCAAGGGCCAAGGAAGCGGGCGCUGGUGGUGCACGCUGACAGGCUCUGGGGUUACCAUGGCCCUGGAAACUUCUCCUGGGGAGAGCGAGCUGCUCUCCUGACCAGUGACGAAGAGGAGGACGAGGACGGGGGCCUUGGGGACGAGGAGCCCCUGGUGAUGGAGGAUGACGGAGACCUGGACCUGAGAGAGCCUGAGCCGCUGGUGAUGGAGGAAGGUGGAGCGGAUGAGUUGUGUCCCUUGGAGGAGCACUGGCGGAUGUUGACGCUGGACCUGUAG